CUGAUUCAAUAUUAUCAACAAUUUAUUAAUUAAUUGCUUCGGAUUAGUUCUGAGUUUCUCUUUUUUGUGCGUUUGGUUCGUCUUGUGCGAAAAAUAAUUUGUGUCAUUUCACGCGCCAAUUCUUUGUUCCGAAUUCUAGGAAAUAUUCAAAAGGAAAUAUUUGAAGGUUUCAACUAUGCCCAACCAACACAUACAAGAAAUUAUCGAAAAGCAAGAAAGGCAUCGAUAUGAUGCGAAAGAGAACUGUCUUAAAAUGUACGGGUCAGAGGUGGAGAAUAAACAUCGGUUACCUUAUUUCAAUCAAAGUACACAAAGUUUGAUGUGUCCUCCUUUCUGGGACUCUAUUCUUUGUUGGCCUCAUACUCCAGCAGGAGUUUUAGCUGUAAACCCAUGCCCAUCUUACAUAGCUGGAUUCAAACCGGAGUAUAACGUCACCAGGAAAUGUACUGAAGAUGGUAUAUGGUUCACGAAUCUUACUACACACGAACCUUGGGCUAAUUAUACAUCGUGUUAUGAAGGUGCAAUAACUACAAUUUUCACCAAUAAUUCCGGAAAAGCAGGAAUUUCAAAAAGUUAUGAAGCCAUUGUGCCAGCAGUUAAAAUUAUAUCCGAAACAGGAUAUGCAGUUUCAUUGAUAUCUCUCCUGAUAGCUUUCUUAAUAAUGUUGCUUAUCAGAAAAUUGCAUUGUGCUAGAAACAUUCUCCAUAUGAAUUUAUUUGCGUCUUUUAUAAUGAGAGCAUUCUUCUACAUUCUGAAAGACAUACUGUUUAUUGACGGGGUGGGGCUCACAAAUGACUUGAGCGAAAGAAAUGGAUACCUGUACUUCAAGACAGACAUAGAGAAAAAUAACUACGAAUGCAAACUUUUAACGAGUUUGGUGCAAUAUUUCACCACGGCGAACUAUUCAUGGAUUUUGAUGGAAGGACUAUAUCUUAACAAUUUGAUCUUUAGGGCACUUUUUGCAGAUUCCAGCAAAAAUCUAAUAUACUAUAUUUGUGCGGGUUGGGGCCUACCACUUCUGGUCAUAAUACUCUGGAUUAUAGCAAGAAUUUUCUUGGAUGAUAUUACAUGUUGGACUAUGAAUGACGAUAUUAUUCCAUUUUUGAUUAUUGCCAUACCAACAGUAAUAUCAGUGCUGAUAAAUUUCGCUCUGUUCAUCAUUAUAUCUAUAGUACUCUACACAAAACUGAAUUCUCCAAUUUGCGAGGACACACAGAGAUACCAGAAAUGGGCAAAAUCGACCCUAGUUUUGGUACCACUAUUUGGAGUGCACUACGCCAUAUUGUUGAUUUUUUAUUUUAUCGGACAAACAUAUAUUUGGCUCAUCUUCGAUACUCUUUUUGGAAGCUUUCAGGGAUUUUUUGUGGCAGUUCUAUAUUGCUUCUUAAAUGGUGAAGUUAAAACCGAAAUGAAACCCCACAUAACCAGCAUAUUGACAUAUUUAGCUACCAACAGAAUAUCCAGGAUAUGUUUUCCCUGUAGACAGCGCAUUUUAAGAUUAGCAGUGGGGAGGCAGUCAGUUUGCACGACUAUGUCAUGUAGUUCCAUUUAUGCCAAUGGAGUGGUUCAUCGUAGCAGUAAAUCAAGAAGUGAAAAAAGAAAACAGUCAGCAGUUCAAGAGAGAGAUAAAAAUCACCAUUGUAAUGGGAUGAGACCAGUGAGAAAUGGACAUGUUUAUAACUGUAACAAAUGCAGCUCGUACUGUGGACAGGCAGAAACCUCACUAUGCAUAGAUCCAAGAACAGAAAGAAAAUCUACUGGGUACGCAGUUGCCGAUGAAGAAAUCUGUAUGUUGACGAGAAAUUGUUGAAAUGUUCUAAUUUUGAUCAAAGUGAUCUAGGCAUAUCCUAUAACUCGUUGCUGUAAGCAUGACACGAGUGACAAAAAAUGUAUGAAUUAGUGAUAAGGUGACAACAGCACUCUUUGUAAUAUUGAUAACAAAUGGAUAAAUUUCAUGUUCUGUAUAUUUUUCGUUAUGCCAUCAAUGUAGAAAAACGUGUUACAGAUUCAUAUUACUGUACAUUUAGGUCUUGAAAAUGCUACUCUAUGCUGCAUUUUGCUAAUAUUUUAUUCAUUUAUAUUGACAGUGAUUUUUUUCAUUCAAUUAAAACUUCAUUUUGACUGAUGUGAUUGCAAUGAAUAACCUUCUCGGUAAAAUUUUAGAUUUUGUUAUGUGAUUUGUGAUACAUAUCUUUAUUCAAAAUUUGUCGGACUCAUAUAUUUUUCAAGAUACGGCCAUUCCAAAAUCGAUAAUACUAUAAAACAAGUUUUUAGGGUCCAUUUCUGAUAAUAAACUUUCUUCUCACGAUCACAUUCUUCUAAUCGUGACUUAUUUCAAACAUUUUCACAAAAUGUUCAAUUUUUUGUUAUCACUGUUAACAAAUAUCAAGUCUGAAUUAAAAAAAUAUGUUGCCAGAUUCUGAAAAUUUUACUCAGCUUGUUAGAAAUUUUGUACAGAAUCUAUUUUUAUGUAGGAAUGUAAAACCAUGUUUACCACUGUUUACUACAGUGUGUCAAUUUGAAAAUGUACCAGCCUCUCUAUUUUGUCCCCUAUAAAGAAUCUGAAAACAUGCAAAAACAAGUCAAACUUAUUUUUAUGGAGGACACUUGGCAAGCUAGUUUUUAAUUAAACUAAAUCAACCCCCGAGCAGGGGUGGAACUACCCCAUUACCUUUCUUGUUAGCAGUUCGCGAGAAAUGUGGUAAAAACUGUUGACAACUUCAGGUAUCCAGAACACUUUGUAAUAUUAUUUUGAUGAACUGAAAGAAACUAAAUUCAUAUUACAUAAUGGUGAAUUUAAAAGUAUUUUCAAUUCUAAUAUUCAUAAAGAAGCAUAAUACUCCGUUGAGAAUUGUUAUUAAAAAUAAUGUACAUAUCCAAAACAAGCCUCUUGGUAGUUAGUUGAAGAGUUGUCAAAAAAAGACAAAACCAAUUUUUCAAUAACAUAUUUUUGGCAACCAGAAAUGGUCUCGAAAUGAUAAAAAAAUGGAGGAUGUUUUAUUUCACCUGGGCUCUUUUUUUUCUAAACUAGGCAUAUGUAGUGUAUUCAACUUGUGAAAUCGAUGAAACGGCCGGCGGCCGUUAAAAAACUUCUAUUCCAUCGAUGAGAGAUUUAUCAUCUAUGGCACCAGUAUUUGAACUUGUCGGUGUGACCUCAUUACCAUCAAAUAGUUGUCUCGUUAUAUUCAUUCUCUUUGAAACUGAAUUUUCAAUAUACGACUCCGCCACCGCAGAAGAGUUCCAACCUCCAAGUUCUCUUACCGAUAGUAGAUCGUCACCAUUUUCUACAAGCUUAGAAGCCGAGGAUCUGCGAAACGAGUGCCCUGUGUAGAACUGCGGAUUUUCCAGUUUUAAGAAUGCUGCAAUUUUCUUUGAAACAGAUCCAAUAGUCCACAACUUGUUUAACACCAUUCCUAUAACCAAUGAAGAAUCGCCGAUUUUCCAAAUUUGAAAGCCGUAUUUUUGAUAUAAACCAUAGACAUCAAAAGGAAGUUCCUUUUGUUUUUAGUAUACCUCAAUGUAACCAAAACUCUUGUACUGGUUUUCAAAAUCAUCCACAGUCAGCUUAACAAGUUAAUCACGUUUACAGGCGCCAAAGAUACCACACCUUAAUACAACCUUUUCUAGCAACCAUGUAUGAUCAUCUGCCUCCAAC